GGCGGAAACUAGUCUCCCGGAAGUGUGUGGUUUCUAGGGUGCAGGAAGCGGACCGAGCUGGGAACAGGUGCGGCGGGCCUUCGUCCCGGGUGGCGGGGAGGAAGAAAAAGCGGCCAUGUCGGCCUUCGAUGCGAACCCCUUCGCGGAUCCGGUGGACGUCAAUCCCUUCCAGGAUCCUUCAGUCACCCAGCUGACCAAUGCUAACCAAGGUAAUCUGAAUGAAUUCAACCCAUUCUCGGAGAACUCUCGGCUGGCGAAUGCAGCUCAGACCGUUCCAGCAACACAGCCUGCUGGUGCCUCUCAACCUGCUGUGCUGCAGCCUUCUGUGGAGCCCACCCCACAGUCUGUUGCCUCAGCAGCACAGGCUGGGCUUCUGCAGCAGCAAGAGGAGUUAGAAAGGAAAGCUGCAGAGUUGGACAGGAAGGAGCGCGAGCUGCAGAACAGCGCGGCAGGCUUCAACCCCAAACAGAACAAUUGGCCCCCACUUCCAAAGAAUUGCCCCAUCAAACCUUGCUUCUAUCAAGAUUUCUCUGCGGACAUCCCAGCCGACUAUCAGCAGAUUUGCAAAAUGCUGUAUUACCUGUGGAUGUUUCACUCAGUCACCCUGCUGUUAAACCUACUUGCCUGCCUGGCGCUGUUCAUCGUGUCACCCGAGAGCGCAGGAACAGGGUUCGGCCUGUCUAUCUUAUGGUUUGUUUUGUUCACCCCCUGUGCUUUCCUGUGUUGGUAUCGGCCAGUUUACAAGGCUUUCAGGUCUGACAGCUCCUUCAGUUUCUUUGUGUUCUUCUUCAUAUUUUUUUGCCAAAUAGCUGUCUACAUCAUCCAGGCUAUUGGCUUGGUUAAUUGGGGGAACAGUGGCUGGAUUUUAGCAAUCUCCGGGACUCAGAACUUGGCAGUGAAGAUUAUCAUGAUGAUGGUGGCCGUGUUCUUCACAUCCUGUGCUAUUCUCUCCAUCUUCUUGCUAAAGCGAGUGCACUCGCUCUAUCGCCGGACGGGCGCCAGCUUCCAGAGAGCACAGGAAGAGUUCUCCCAAGGAAUCCUCACCAACAGGAACUUUCAGACUGCUGCUAGCGGGGCAGCCUCUGCGGCCGCUCAAAACACUUUCCGGGGAAACUGAAAUUUCCCGGUGUGGGCUCGGGUGUCGCUUCCCCUCCACGCUUGUUCUAAUCGGUACCUGAUCGUGAAUGUUCAGGCAUUUCUUUCCCACGGGUGCAAGCCUUAACUCCCAAGAGGCUUGUGGGAGUUUUCUCUCAAACUUUGCCCUGUCUCCAUCCGCGUCUUGUUGGAAAGUGCAAAGAUCGGGGUCUCUAACCUUUGGUGUGUUCUUUUCUUCCUCCUUCCUCCCUCCCUCCCUCCCUUCCAAAAUAUGUCCCUUUGACUUAUAUGUGUAUAUUUCAUGCACUUUCCAUUCCUUCCAUUGCUGGUGUUUGGGGAAGGCGAUUUUGCACUCUUGACUGUCCCACUGGAAGCAUUUAUGAAGUUACCUUCCUUCUCUCCCUUCAUAAUCCAAGCUGCUGCCCUUGCUGAUUUUUAAUUAGUUGAAGACCUUUACCUGCCAGCAUAGGAUGGGCGUAAGGCCUGCUCCUUUUUUUUCCUAGUGUGUGUUUUCUGCGAGACGCGAAGGACACGAUUUGAGAAAUACACUCCUUGCUCAUUUUCCCCCCUACAGCCUCCAAAAAAGCAGGUUUCCUAUUUGUGACUGAAGUUUUAGAGCGCCAGGGAGGAUAAUUUCACCAGCUAUAUUGGCCCCUGAGAAGUUAGCAACCUGGUUGGAGCGCUGUCUUAGGAUCUUGAGUAGAGGUGAUGGGGUUUCAGAUCAAACGACUGAGUAAACGUUGAGAUGAAGGGGGCAAUUGUUUCUAAAUCACCUUUUUUAAGGCUUUUCAGUGAUCCUGUGCUGAUUCUACUAAUGCUGUCAUUUCUGUUUCGAAAAGCUCUCUCCCCCCACCCCCACCCCCCAUGCCACUGCUAAACCAAACGGUUCUUCAAAAAGAGCAUGUAAGCAAAAGCCCCUCUUUCUGAAAAACAGGCCUAUGGAAACAUCUCACCUGCUUUCUACCAGACUUGAAACCGCAGUGAGUUGGGCGCGAUUCAGCAACGUCCAUUCGCUUGGCAGGAUUUUCGGUAGCCAACCGAUUGCGAAUCCGGCAGUGCUUCUGCUUCUUCCAUGCCACGGGCAGAGCCCCUCUGCACCUCUCGAGUGGGUGGAGGUCUUAAGUUUGAUUUCAGUUCACUGCAGCGAAGGAACAGAAAUAGGUUUCCCGGUUGCCAGCACCUCUGGAUUCAAAAUACCGUUUGGAGAGAAGUACGACCUUUUUAGCAAACGCUUGUUUGGGGGAGGAUUGGACAACAGGGAGCCGCGUACAAUAUGUUAUCCUCAUGUUAUCCAACCCAAGCGAUGCGCGACAGGCUUCACAAGCGUUCGGUCACUCCUCAAAGGCCCGUUUUAGGCUCUGCAAACAAAUCAGCGUCAAAGCAAAACUUCAGCUGCCCCAUCUGAUACGUUUGGGGUUUUGAUUGAUUCCCCAAGAGUUAUACCGUCUCGGGGAGAACUAGAGGAUUGGAAGUGUAGCUCUCAAAAACACUAAAUCUGUCACUCUUUGUUACUUUUCCUCCACAUAAUUUAAGGGAACUAAGAUGUAUAUCAGAGGCUUGCAAAUAACUUUGGAUAGGUCUGAUGAAGGGGGAAUAUUCAGAGGACUUAAGAUGCAGUUGCAGUCUUGCUGACCAUUUUUUUCCUUGCUUUUUACUCAUUUAGAUGAACUUGGUGUGUUUCUCCCCUCCCCAAAAGUACGUAGGUUUCCCCCCCCAGAUGUUUCCAAACCUGUUGUGAGGUUGGAUGUAGCCCAGUACAUCCUAGGGAGGUAUCUCUUGGUUUCUGUCUCUUUUUUAUUUUUAUUAUUAUUCUCUGAAUAUAUGUAAUGAUGGCAGAAAUGAGAUUUUUUUAAAAAAAUAUCUUCCCCUCUCGGAUGUAUUUUCCAUCUUUUUUUUUCAUGUAAAAAAUGUAUAUGUCAAACUUUUGUGCUUAAAUACAGAAUAAAAAUAUGAAGACUUAGUAGAAA